CAAACAUUGAGCCGCUCGCUAGUCUAGACGUAAACUUGCUUCCAAGCUGGGCAGUAUGUCAGUUGAUUGUAAUUUUUAGCAGAUUAAAAGAUUUUGUCAAACACGUCUUAGAAUCACAUUUACGAGCACAGCUGUGCUGGUCGAGGGAAUUUCAACGGAACUAUAAACUUCGACUAUGUUUUUCAUUGCCGGCCUACUUUUUCUAAGUCUAGUUGCAAAUUUAACGGCGCAACAGUACACUACCACUGUACCGUCCUCUUCAAACACAACGACCGCAUGUAUUUGUACUCUGGAAUAUAAUCCUGUUUGCGGAGUUGAUGGAAAAACGUAUCCUAACGCUUGUUCUGCACGCUGUGCAAAUGUUGCGGUAGCUACGCAAGGGGAAUGCGGAAUCACAACCACCUCUAAUCCAGGAUGCAUUUGCACAGCCAUUUUUGCGCCGGUUUGCGGUGUUGAUGGACAGACUUAUGCCAGCGCAUGCGUUGCGGGGUGCGCCCAUAUCGCAAUAGCUUCGCAAGGCGAAUGCCCCACAAUGACAUCAACAACGACGACCACGACAAUGGCAUCAACAACGACAUCCCAAACCGUUAUGUUCUGCUCGUGUUCCGACAUGAUUAUUGACCCCGUUUGUAGUUCAAGUGGACAGACAUACAUCAACUCUUGCCUGGCGCUUUGCAGUCACGCGGGUGCAACCAUUGCUCAUUGGGGAUGCUGCGAUCCGACGUCCUCUUCCUGUCCGACUACGACAACCACAUCAACGCCAACAUCAUCGCCCACAGUAUCAACAUAUACAUAGGAGUUUUAUCCCUUUUUCAUGGAUUUCAAAGAUUCACGAAAAAAUAUGGAUGCAUCUGUCUCAAGAUGUGUACACGAACGACCAUGGGUGGAUAUUGUGGUUCACUUUUGAAGCUGUACUUUUUGGGCCAAUAGCUAUCUGUAAAUGCGAGUUGUUUAUAGGGUUCUCGUUUUUCAAUUUUUCACUUCAGUAAGCGAUUGCCCCUUUUUAAUUGCGCAAAGAUGAUGAAACUAUUGAAGAUGAAAUAAUCCCCAGAUUGACGGUGCCUUACUAAAAAUAAUGAAUGCGUAAUAUUGUUAAGAAAAAAUACAACCGCAUGGAUUUGUCCUAUGUAUGCAUGCAAUACUGUAUAUAAUAUCGGUUUGUAAAUUUAAAAUGUCAAUUACGUUGAA